ACCAAUAAACAAUGUCGUCGUCACUCCUUCCUCUUCCUCUUCUUCUUCUUCUUGUCCUCCUCCUGAGCACGAGCACGGGCACGGUGCAAUCGGAAAAGCAACCAAAGCUGAAAACCGAUUACUACAAAAAGAGCUGCCCCAACUUCGCCAAGAUCGUCCAAGAGGUGAUCACCGACAAGCAGCUCGCCGUCCCCACAACCGCAGCCGGCGCCCUCCGCCUCUUCUUCCACGACUGCGUCGUCGGCGGCUGCGACGCCUCCCUCCUCCUCGGCUCCAGCCACAGCUCCCCCGCCUCGGAGCGAGACCAUGAAAUCAACCACUCCCUCCCUGGAGACGCAUUCGACGUGGUGAUCCGCGCCAAGCUCCGCCUGGAGCUGGAGUGCCCGGGCAUCGUCUCCUGCUCGGACGUCCUGGCCGAGGCCACCCGCGACCUCAUCACCAUGGUAGGGGGACCCUUCUACCCGGUCCCCCUCGGCCGCCUCGACAGCCCCGAGCCCCACGCCUCCAAAAUCGAGGGCCACAUCGCCACCCCAAACAUGUCCCUCACCAAAAUCAUCGACAUGUUCUCCGUGAAAGGCUUCUCCGUACAGGAGAUGGUCGCGCUCUCCGGGGCCCACACCGUCGGCUUCUCCCACUGCUCCGAGUUCGCCAACCGCAUCUUCAACUUCAGCGCCACGGAGGACCACGACCCCACCAUGAACCCCGACUACGUGGACGGCCUCCGCAAGCUCUGCGUCAACUACAAGACGGAUCCCACCAUGGCGGCCUUCAACGACCCAAUGUCGCCAGGGAAGUUCGACAACACCUACUUUGUCAACCUCCAGAACGGCCUGGGCCUGCUCGCUAGUGAUCAGAUCUUGGCGUUGGAUCCACGGACCAAGCCUUUCGUCGACACCUACGCUAAGGAUCAGACCAAAUUCUUCCAGGACUUCGCCAAGGGGAUGGAGAAGGUGGGAAUGCUGGAUAUCAAGACUGGGGAUAAGGGAGAGGUGCGGAAGAGAUGCGACACUCCAAAUACUAUCAAAUUUCAUUGAUAUCUAUACAUUAAUUAAUUUCUGUGUUUGUGUUUCAUACAUAUACUUGGAAGAAGAAAACAAAAGGGUAAAACAAGAAUGAUUGUUUGAUGUAAAUCAGAAUAAUCUAUUUCAUUUGCAUUUCUGAUUUGUUGUCAUCA